GAACAGAGACCGACGUUAACUAAAGGAAUGAAGAAGAAGAAGAAUCGAUGUCCGUCGGUGGUUGGCACUAGAUUGCGGAACAGAGACCGACGUUAAAUAAAGGAAAGAAGAAGAAGAAGUAAUACCCGAAGGUUUGUCCCGCAUUUAAAUCCAAAGAAAUUGUACCGUGAGCGGUCUUAGCCGUCCAAAAUAAGGACAACACAAAGAAAAAAAAAAUCCAAAGAACAACAAAGGGAUGAGUAAUAUCGAGGAAAAGUUUUUCGUGCGGUCGUUCAUACGUUUCCUGAACGGACAACUAGGGCAGCCGAACUUUAGUUCCAACUCCCGUGAAAGCUUAGGGGUGGCCAUACAGUGCUUGGAAAAUGUCAACGAAAUUGGACAGGAAGAAGGUGACAACAGCCACGAAAAUCCACUGAAUCACAUCGAUUUGUUCGAAGUCUACCAGAGUACGCUCAGGUAUGUCUCACCGAAACGGAAGCAGGAAGCGGAGAACCUGAAGAACGAAGGAAACCGGUUGAUAAAGGAGAAGAAGUACCAAGAAGCGAUGAACACGUACAGCAAAGCCAUCAGCGAAGAUGCAACUAAUCCGGUGUUCUAUUGUAACCGUGCAGCGGCCUACACCCUUCUGGGUGAUUACCAGAGUGCAGCGGACGAUUGUCACAUGUCACUGCGGUAUGAUCCGAAUUACAGCAAAGCGUACGGGCGUCUCGGGUUGGCCUACUCGAAGAUGAACAAACACGCGCAGGCUCUGGAAGCGUACCAGAAUGCUUUGCGGAUCCAACCGGAUAACCAAGACUACAAAAACAACGUGAGUGUCACGCACCAAAGACUGGAGCAACACCGCUCGGUUCCAAUUGGAGCAGGCGGUGACGAAGGAUUGACCAAUGCUGUCUUAAUCGACUGUACCGCUGCUUUCAACAACCCUACCCUCAUUAACAUGGCCACAAGGAUGAUGGACGAUCCGUCGGUUCAGAACAUGAUGGGUCAGCUUGGUGGCAUAAACAACAUGCAUGCCGCACUACAAACCGGCUGGCUGUUGGCAGAGCAAAUGAGGAGUCACAAUCCGGAUGUGUUUGCCAACGUGAUCUAUGAGAUGGAGCAGAGUGGAGUGGUCUUUCGCGGCAGGGCUCGUGUUGCCAAUCAAAAUGGCAAUAAUAAUAACCAGCAGCCACCACCUCCGCCACCGGCAGAAUCUUAAGUCACGGAGAGAUGAUAUAGGGGAAAUGGCUCUAAUAUUGGCCUAUGGAUCUAAGAUUUGGCCCAUCGCUAAAAAUCUGCUAUUUAUCAAUUUUAUCUAGAUGAACGCGUCAUUGGGACGGUACUAAUGGAUAUUUUUGGUUGCCAUUGAAAAUUUAUUCGAUUGCUGAAUUUAUGUAUGGGCCCAAAUUAGGAACAUUUAGGCCGACAUUUCAUUGAUUUCCCCUAGCAUGCGAUUUCAACCAUUUACCGAUGUCCACUAGUAAAGCGAACGAAAAUGAUCAUUCGUUGCAAUUAAGCGCUGCAACUUCUGAACGUUUUUUUUGUUUCUGUAAAAUCAAGACAUUACAGAAACAAGCUGA